AAGUGGAUGGCAAGCCUUCUGUUACGCUAAGACAGGAUUUGAUUUUGCUUCUGACUCUAAGCAAGCAACAUUGUUGAUUACGUGUUGGGAAUGAACACAAACAUUUUGUUAGUGGCUGGGUACAGAGGACAAGUAUGAGAUUUCUUCACUUUCUGUACUGUUUGUACAUUCUGGGCUAGGCUAACCAAAACAGGUGAAUACACAUACACUGUGCCAUCUCCUGUGCUGUGAUACCCUUUCAAACAACACUUAUCUCCUGAAGGAACUGACGGAACCAGAAGAUUUGGCAAGGUUGGGACUUCAUUCACAGAAGUGUGCAGCCCAGUCAUCAUUAUUCUGGAAGCAAUCACUUAGAAAUAAAGCAGAAUAUAUCUUUUAGAAUAUAUAGGCCCUGGUGCAUAAGAGCAUAAAGUCAGUGAAACUGACUUUAACUGGCUAUCUGCAGAAUCCAUAUCUCAAAUACAGCUAGAUUUUACUGAGAAUCCAGAAUUCAUUUUGGAGGAGACCCCGAGUUUGAUGUUGAAAUGACUUGGGUGACUACAAAUCCCAGGGAGCACUGCCAUCGGCAGGUUUGUGCAAGCGGAUUGGCAUCCUGCAGGGACCAAUGGCAGGCAGAGAAUUCAAGACAAUUCAUGUGUGUCAGCUCUCUGUAUUAAAAAGCACUGGAGAGAGCUGCAGACCUGUGUGGAAAUCGCCUGUUUCCCCAGGCUACAUUUAAACCUAUUUGUGAGCUGGGUAUUGAUAUUAUAUUUUAAACCCGCUGUGCCUAAGCUUGAAAAAGCCUGCUGGACCAGCCCAGAUGGAUGCAAUUUUGAACUGCAGACUGGAUGAGUUGGAAGAUUACUACAACUUGCUCGGAUGUGAUGAACUAUCUACGGUUGAGCAAAUUCUUGCAGAAUUUAAGAUUAGGGCCCUUGAAUGUCAUCCUGACAAACACCCAGGAAACCCCAAAGCAGUGGAGAAUUUCCAGAAGCUGCAGCAAGCUAAGGAGGUUCUUAUUAAUGAAGAGAGUCGAGCACGCUAUGAUUACUGGAGGAGAAGCAAAAUCACCAUUCCUUUCCAGCAGUGGGAGGCUUUGAGCAGCUCUGUGAAAACGUCAAUGCACUGGGCUGUCCAAAAUAAGAAGGAUCAAAUGCUGGAAGCUCCUGACUUGAACAAUAGCAACAACUUAACUAAUGAGAUUUGGACCCAGAAAACUGAAAACAAUGAAGAUGGAUUGUCUGAUGGGAACAGAGAGCAAGAUGUUGCAAUUCCUGAUGUAAAACCACAGUCUUCAAAGAAUCCAGACUCCCCAAGAUUUUCAGAGGCAAACUACUGGCACUUACGUUUCCGCUGGUCAGGGGAUGCCCCAUCAGAUCUUCUGAGGAAAUUCAGAAACUAUGAAAUCUAAAAUGCAAAAUACACAGGAGUGUGAGGUCGUCUAUUCAACAAUUCAGUAUUUUUUGCAGCAGUUUGAAGUUAUUUGUAUUUUGUAUUCAUUCAUUGUGCUUUGAAUGUUGUCUGAAUAAAUGUAACGUCUGUAUCUGUUAACACACAUUCUAUGAGUAUUACAGGCAGAGGUCUGUUUUAAUAAGGUUCAGUAAGCAGAGCCCUUUUCAGUAUUAAUGUAGAGUGAUUUGGUGUAGCUAUCUAAUUUUUUGUAUGUUGUUUCUUGUGUUUUUAAAUACUGUGUAGUAAUAGUAAUUGUAUUCUCAGCAGAACCAAAAGUCAAUGCUAGAUUCCAAGAUAUUACUAUAUUAAAUGACAAUCUACCAAAAGCUGUAUGACAAUGAAUUUAAAACUGCUUGGUUCUGAACUAUGUACUUUGGUUCUCUAUUGCAUUGUACUUACUGCAGUGAUUUGUAAUGCAUGCAUUCACAAUACUAUUACAAGCCUAACUUGUUGGACAGUUGUAAUUUUGCAAUAUAAAUAAAGUAAGAACCUUGUUAUUAUCCAGCAGGUGACUGUAGUGGAUCAAGUACUCUCAAAAAUCACUUUCAUUCUAUCAUAAUAGGUAAGCUUUUUGCACCAAAUGCUUGUUUUAGAAGGCAAUUCCAGAGCCUUGCUUUAUUGGACAGAAACUCUUCUUGUUAAGAUUUGGUGGUGGAAAUCUGAUACCUCUAGUAUGUAUGCCAGCAUUGUCCUAGUGUAAUAGUUACUUUCUUCCCUUGGGCGGCCUCACAAACAGCAUACAAAAUCCUGAUAUGACCCUAAGUAUGAAGAAUCAGGCCAGCCUGCAUUAAUAUGUUUAAAAUCUUAUGUGAUAAGUUUUUGAAAUGUUGAGUGACUUCUCAAAUUCUGUGUGUGUAUUUUGCAUUUGCUUCCUUUUUUUUGUAAUCCUGACUGAUACAUCAGCUAAUUGACAUUGUGUUUUUUGUGUGGGCAAGUGAUUCUGACAGCAACAAAUAAAACUACAUGCAUACAGAAAGGA